GAAUAUUUCGAAGUUCGAGAUCUGAACUUUCGACGAACUCCACGCACGACACCUCCGCCAAACGCCCACCACAUACACAUUUGCGCUUCAGAAAUCACCUGAAUCGCAAUCAUGGGUAUCUCUCGCGACUCCAGGCACAAGCGCUCCGCUUCAGGAGCCAAGCGUUCCCAUUACCGGAAGAAGCGCGCUUUCGAAGCCGGCCGCCAGCCAGCCAACACCCGUAUCGGCGCCAAGCGCAUCCAUCUCGUCCGCACCCGUGGUGGCAACCGCAAGUUCCGCGCCCUCCGCCUCGACUCCGGCAACUUCUCGUGGGGAUCUGAGGGUAUUGCCCGCAAGGUCCGCGUCAUCACCGUCGCUUUCCACCCUUCCAACAACGAGUUGGUCCGCACCAACACCCUGACCCGCUCCGCCGUCGUCCAGAUCGACGCCGUUCCUUUCCGUCAGUGGUACGAGGCCCACUACGGCGCCAACCUCGGUCGCCGUCGCCAGCAGAAGACUGGUGAGGUCGUCGAGCCAGAGAAGAAGUCCAAGUCGGUCGAGAAGAAGCACGCCGAGCGCCUGGCCUCCCAGGGCAAGGUCGAGGCCGCUCUCGAGAAGCAGUUCGAGGCCGGUCGCCUGUUCGCCGUCGUUUCGUCCCGCCCCGGCCAGAGCGGCCGUGUUGACGGUUACGUUCUUGAGGGUGAGGAGCUUGCUUUCUACCAGCGCCAACUCCGCAAGUAGACUGUCAAUUAGGUGUUUACUGGGGCGUGUAUUUUUUGUUUGUGGCAUGAGCAUCAGCUACAGGGCUCCGGAUAGGUGUCAGGGAAGCAAAGCACUCAGUUGCUGAACGAAUCAAAAGAUCGCAAUAACCACAAUUUCGAGGCUAUGAGUGAUUUGUGCAUGUUUUGCUGACUUAUCGAAUUGUAUAUAUGUGCAGGAAC